AUGCUGAAGAAGCACUUAGGAGUGGCACCCCUGUUGUCAAAACCUCAAUUGGAAGAGCCAUUACUACUGUACUUGGCAGUUUUGGACGAGGGGAUUAGCGCUAUCCUAGUUAGAGAAGGAAAUGAGCACCAGUUACCGGUAUACUAUGUUAGCAAAGCACUCCUCCCAACUGAAACACGCUACCUAGACAUGGAGAAAUUGGCACUCGCUCUCAUCACAGCCUCAAGGAAACUGAGGCCAUACUUCCAGCCUACUCAAUUGAAAUGGAUCCUCAAGAGAGGCCGGCUCCACGAAGGCCACAAGCUAAAUUGCGCAGUAAGGUUUGAUUUUAAAGCCUUGAACAACACUGCUGAAUAUGAGGCUCUUCUAGCAGGCCUUAGACUGGAGAGGAAAAUGCAGGUCAGAAGGCUCCUAGCAAGCAGCAAUUCUUAG